AUGGAGGAUUAUCUGAAUAGUACUUUAAAUGCUCUGAAAUCAGAAAACUAUGCAAACCUGACUAUUGUCAUUGGAAAUGAAAGUUGCGAUCUGGAUUCUGCGGUCUGUUCGCUUGUGUAUGCGACAUUCCUACAUUGGCAACACCAAAAGAUGAAGUGCAAAGUGUGUACAAAGAAUAAGAGGGAUGAGAAUACAUAUAAGGAUGACAUAUUUAUUUGUAUGCUGGAUGUUGAAAGGCAAGAUUACUUAUUGAAAACGGAGGUAGCUUUUUGCUUUAAGGAAUGUGGAGUAAGCGAGGAACUAUUAGUGUUUAGAGAUGAUAUAGACAUAACAAACCUAGUGGAAAACAAUAAAACCAGCAUAGUACUAGUGGAUCAUCAUGUGUUGUCGGGGAAGUUUGAAUUCCUAGCCCCACACGUUACAGAAAUUAUAGACCACAGGCCCAUAGAUAAUACAAAUUGGAGGUAUAGAGAGGAUGUAAGAAGUACAAUAGAAAUCGUAGGUUCCUGCUGUACCUUGGUUGGGCAGAGGAUUGAAGAUUUAUCAACUUUGAUGCAUCGGGGUGGAUUUUACGAUGACUUCAAGGUGUGUGCGGACUUAUUGCAUAGUGUAAUCCUAUUAGAUACAGUGAAUUUCUCUAAAGAAGUGAACAAGGGAACGCUGCACGAUGAAGAUAUAGUAACCUCACUUGAGACUAUUCUGGAAAUAACCGACUGUGAGAAAGUUCGGAGAGAAAAAGUCGCGCGUCUAGUCGCAGCGAGGUGCGACGUCGGGUCACUGAGCGCUGCGCAACUUCUACGAAAGGAUUUUAAAGUUGUCGGAGACGUUUUUAUUCCGUCGUUCCCUGUAUUAGUUGAGGAUUUACUUAAGAAACCUGGCGCUUUAGAGGCCGUCAGGGAAGCCCUGGUCCUCCGCGAUUGUUCCAUAGCGUUGUUACUAGGCAUGACUUUAAAUGGACAUCUUCAAAGGGAUGGAGCUAUAAUAUCUGAUGAUGAAAGAAAAACUGAAGCACUAUCAAAACUUCUCCGAGAAUGGUCAAGUCCGUGUCUGCAGCUGUCUCCAGAAAUCAAGAAAGGAUUGUUUUACUACAAACAGUUAAAUUUAUCGGCAUCUCGGAAACAAUAUAUCGCGCCAGUUAACCAGUAUUUAAAUGAUUUUAAACAAUAA